CGUGUCCCAGGAUGCACUGCGCGGGGCUGGCUCCUGCCCACAGUUGAACUCGGCCUCCUCCUCCGUCUCCUCGGUGGAGCCGAGCGGAGCCGAGCGGCGGCCCGGUUGGGUCUAGGACGAGUCGGGCUGCACUAUUUUCUUUCAGUUCUUCUCGAGCAGUUGUGAUACCCUUCCUCCCCGACUGGUGGGGCGCUUGAGCCCGGCGGAACAUGCGGCUCCAGUUGCCCCGCGGCGAGGCCGGCGAGUGAGAAAGAGAGGGAGGGAGGAGGGGAGGACGGUGGGGCCUCCUCUCGCCCCACUCUGCUGGGCCCGGGGCUCUUCCUCCCCCAGGGAGGCAAUGACAGCGGCUCCGGGACCGUCCCCGCAGCAGAUCAGGGACCGGCUGCUGCAGGCCAUCGACCCCAACAGCAAUAUACAUAACAUGGUGGCAGUACUGGAAGUGAUCUCCAGCUUGGAGAAAUACCCCAUCACCAAAGAGGCACUUGAGGAAACACGGCUGGGGAAGCUCAUCAAUGACGUGAGGAAGAAAACCAAGAAUGAGGAGCUUGCUAAACGGGCCAAAAAACUGUUGCGGAAUUGGCAGAAGCUGAUUGAGCCUGUUUCACAGAAUGAAGCCACCUUGAGAGGAUUGCCAAAUCCACCUGGAUCAGCCAAUGGUGGGGCUCACAACUGCCGAGUGGAAACUUCUGGGGCUGUGAUUGGAUCUAAACCCAUUCAAGAUGUGAAGAAUAGAAAUGAUGUCCAAAAGCUGCACUCUCCAAAGCCAGGGAACCGGAAGAGGCAAGGUGAGCCCAAGGAUGGUCCUCCUCUGCCGCUGCCAAAAGUUUCCAAAGCCAGUUAUGAAGUAUUACAAAACUCUUCUCCUCCUCCCACCAAUGGGAUUGGUGGAAGCCCAGAGAGUUUUCCUAGCCCUCCAGAUGUGAGUCUUCUCCCAGGGCCAGAAGGCAACAGGGAUGAGGUGAGUGAAAAUGACAAGCCCAGCAAGAUCCCCAUCAAUGCAGUGCGGCCUCAUACGAGCUCUCCAGGACUCUUCAAAACUUCUGGGACAUCCUUACUGCUGAAAACAGCAGUGUUGCAGCAGCAGCAGCAGCAGCAUGACAAAGCAGAGGAGGCUGCUGCCAACCAACCUAGGAGUCCUCGUUGUUCCUCAUUCAGCCCCAGGAAUGUCAGGCUGGAAACAUUUGCUCGGCAACAUGCCACGUAUUCCCCCAAGAAUUUGACGCUUGUCCCAUGCCCAAAGCCCCCUCUUCUGGAUGUUCCAGUGCCCUUAUCGCCACCUCCCCCCUCUCUAGUACAGCUGUCACCACAGCCAGCACUAGCAAAGAGACUGGAGGCAUCUCAUCAAGUGGACCCUGAAGCAUCCCUUCAUGACCAGGAGCAGCAAAGAGUGCCCGAGGGCCAGCUUCAGCUCAGUGCAGGAGCCUCUCCCGGCAGUGGAGCAGGCUCCCAUUCAGUAGAGUCUUUUGCACCCUUGGCUGACUUAUCACCAGAUGCUUCAAGGAUGGACAGUGACAGUGCUGCCUCAGGGUCUGACAGCAAGAAGAAAAAAAAGUACCGGCCCAAAGACUACAUGGUCAACUUGGACGGGCAGGUGAUGGAAGGCGGGGUCAAGCCUGUACGGUUAAAAAAAGAGCGGAGACUGACUUUUGACCCCAUGACGGGCGAGAUCAAGACUUUAGCACAGAGGGACUGUUUGCAGUUGGAUCUUCCUGCUCUUGCUGAGCAGCACAGGACAGGCACAGAUAAGCAGGAGCCGAAGCCACCUCUGCAGAGUCCCUUUGAACAAACGAAUUGGAAAGAAUUGUCCCGGAAUGAAAUAAUUCAGUCCUAUUUAAACAGGCAGAGUAGCUUGUUGUCCUCUUCAGGGGUGCAGACUCCAGGGGCUCACUACUUCAUGUCUGAAUAUUUAAAGCAGGAGGAAAGCACUAGGAGAGAAGCCCGGAAAACUCAUGUCCUGGCUCCCCACAGCAAACCUGCAGACUUGCCUGGGGUAACACGGGAGGUGACGCAGGAUGAUCUUGACAGGAUAUGCAGCCAACACUGGCCUGGCGUGAAUGGAUGUUAUGAUACACAGGGUAACUGGUAUGAUUGGACGCAAUGCAUAUCGCUCGAUCCACAUGGGGAUGAGGGGCGCCUGAAUAUCCUGCCUUACGUCUGCCUAGACUGAGUACAAUUUUGCUAAGAUGCUUUUUUUACACUGGCAGGUUACUAAAGUGGGCAGGUGCUGUGCCAUCCCCCAUCUACCCCCAUCACGCUGAAAGAGGCUUACAAAGCAGAGAGGGUGUGUCAGAGAGCUGGACGCUGGCAGUUUCUUCUUUCCUGUUAAAACUUUUUUUUUUUUUUUGUGAAGUGCUGCUACCAGUUUACUAAUAAAAUUGCAAAGGGAGGCAUAACAAAAGGUUUGAUUAAAAACAAGUAGAGUUUUGAACUCUAGCAAGCCAGCUGUUAGAAACAAAGCAAAACAAAAGUGUUUGUUUUCCAAAGGUGAAAACUGUUUCCAGCUAUUUGUGGAUGCCAGAAUCCAAGGUCAGGCAGGUACAGGUGGUUAAUUGUGGAAAUGAAACAUUUAACACAGAGUAGUUGAGUCUAUUUAUUUGUCUUGAUUUGAUUUUCUUAAAAAGGAAUAAUAUGGCAGUGAGAUGUUUUAAAAUGAACUGUGCAAAACUAUGGGUCUCUUCAAAAGUCCCCCUGAUGUGGAGAUGUGGAUUGCAAUGAUGUGUGCUCUGCAGUGCAGGAAGGGCCAGAGAGAGAGAGAUGGCCACCUUCAGCUCAGCAUUCCGUAGACUUUCACAGGGCGUAGUCUGGUUUCAAUUUCAAUUCAGAUCCAUGAAAUGCUGCAAAAAGUGUUCACAGUUCUCCCAGCAGCAGCAGCAGCAGCCUAAGCACGUUAACCCCUUUCUACAGAUUUUCUACGGGAAAGCAGGGGGAAAAAAUGGGGGUUUUUUUGUUUUUGUUUUGUUUUUGUUUUUUUCUGUUUAACAAAGAAAAUUCCAACUUGUACUGAGGGUGCUACUAGUUUGUAAAUGUCCUGUGAAGGGGGAGACAGACGCCUGUUUGUAUGCUGGAAAUAUACUUGUUACCAUUCCUUUAGAUAUUGUUUGCCUUAUGGAUAUCCAUCACAAAAGCGACUUGCAAAAACAGCCUUAGUGAAUGUACAGUAACUAGACUUCUGUGUUCUUGGGCACAGAAGAGAGCAACUUUGCUAUUGGUCCUUUCAGUGGACACAUUGUGAUAUAAAUGUGGAAAUAAAAAAA